UGCCGUUUUUUUAUUCAAAAAGUACCAACCAGACACACAACUGUGUGUGUGUGUGUGUGAGAAGUGUCUACCCAUUAUUCGGGGUGCCUUACGUCCGGAUCGACCCCAUCCCAUCCUACAGACGGUCGCUGGCGCCACACGCCCACGGCGACACUUUUUUCGAAUGAUUCCAAUCCCGACAGCCCACGGCAAUUCCGAUGCGGAUCGGAACGAGACUCCUCGUGUGGUCGUAGUGCCGUCGACGGCAACGCCUGUACACGAGACGACUCGUCACGACGGUACAACAGUGACACCAUCGUCUCCGGAAAAUACCGUCCCCGGACUGUUGACGGCCUUGCGGUUCCAGAUGGAAUACUACUUUGGUGAGACCAACUGGCCACACGAUCGGUAUCUACAAUCGUUACUACGUCCCUUGCCUAAUAGUCGUUCCGAAACCUGGUGUGUACCACUCGCAGCACUCGGACGGUUCCCCCGUGUCCGACACUAUCACGCUCAACUCGUCGUGGCCAGUCAGAGUCAGACCAUGGCUACGACACCAUCGUCGUCGUUGUUGUCGUGGCCCAACACGUACGCCCAAGUCGUCGACCAACCCGCAAACCCCGCGUGGAUACGACGGGCGUUGCAACACAGUACAGUCUUGGGUGUGAGUGACAAUGACGAAUGGAUUGUACUGGUCCGGAAUCGGCAUGGCACCGACCGCGUUGCUGUUACCGGUACGCCCCCCGACGGACACGAACCGUAUACCGUAGAUUCAAUCAAACCUCCGUACGGUUCCAGUGCCAGUGCGGUCAAUCACGGUACGAUACCCGCAGCCUAUCCCGCACCCGCCUGGAUGCCGCCGAAUCUCGCUACCGCCAUGUACCAUCCAGCAAGUAACUUACUCUACUACACUCGUCAUGGAAUGCAUCCCUACGCCUACCCUCCCCAACAAGGAUUCGUCGCCGUGAAUUACGUCCUACCCCCACAACGCGGCUAUUCCAUUCCGGCAUCGGAACACUUGUACGCUGCGGCUGGUGCGAUGCCAACCGCGCCCUUCCACGUGGACGUGGUACCACCCGGUGCCGCCGACGUUCCCUCCGAACCGGUGCAGAGCGGCAACACCACCACGGAAUCCUUCGGUGACCACCCCGUUGUGCUUCGGGAACCCGACCCUUGGGACUACGGCGAGUUCGCGGACAUGGCACCCCCACCACCCUUGUCGGUGACAUCGACGGCCGCCACGAUUGCACCCGAAGAAGACGAAGGCUUCGCUCUGUUUCCGCCGGAAAACCUGACCGACCCGUCCUUCGUGCCGGACGGGACUCCUUCCCGAGGGAUAGUAGGCUAUCACAAAGCCGUGGAAGAGCACGUCUACAGUCCAGAAUCCAAAAAGCCUACUCACAAAGUGUUCAGAUCCAAAGGACCCCGUCAGUUUUGCAAUCAGUCUGGAAAGAAGCAAUCGUUGCCUCCACAAGAACCUCGAACCCCCUCGGAAGUGAAAAGGAACACCACCAAAAAAGGCUCGCGCGGAAACCGGAAACAAGGCCGUGAUGCGAAGGUCCCUUCACCCUCCCCCAACGAGAUGAAAAGUAUCGGGGACGGAAGUGCAUCUGGCAAGGAGCAAAAGGACCCACAGCGGGGAGGCAAGGGUUCCAAAACACGCACACGAAGCAAGCAGCUCAGCAAGGGGAAAAUGAAUUUGCUGGGCGAGCAUUUUCCAGCGCUGGACGGGAACGUCGUGUCAUCGUUUCCGGUACCCACAAAGACGCCACUAUCCGCAAGCGAAGGAAUUUCCACCGAAGGGGUCCGGAGGAAAGUAGCUGCAAGCGACACGCGACUAGAAAAAUUUGCAACGCGCUGAGGACUUGGAAAAACGACGACCCGUCCAAAGUGGACCUCCAGGUGCAAAAACACAAAGUAAUAGAUUGUCAUGAAGUAU